GGCCGGACCCGGAAGCGGGCAACGCGGGCCGGACCGCCGAGGGGCGCGCGCCCGGAAGCGGCCCGGAAGCGGCAGCGGGGCCAUGGCGGCCGCGGCACUGGGCGCCUGUGCGCGCGCUCUGCUGCCUCCAGGCCGGCUUCUGGGAGCGCGGACCCCGGUUGGAGACGCGCGCCGGCGAGCCUCGCUGCUGUCCUUCCGGGAGCUCGUUCCCACGAGGGCAGAACCCCCUCGGAAGAAGAAAAAGGUAGAUCCUAAAAAAGAACAAGCAGCAAGAGACCGUUUGAAAAAGAGGAUUCGGCGACUGGAAAAAACUAGCCAGGAGCUGAUUCCCAUUGAAGAUUUUAUGACCCCCGUGAAGUUCUUGGAUAAAGCAAGGCAGCGGCCUCCGGUGGAGCUCCCCUUGGAGGAGGAUGACAGGCGGGCUCUGCUGUUGAAGGAGUGGUCCCUGUACAAGCAGCGCGAGCAGGAGCUGGAGAGGGACGCCAUCCGGUCCCUGCUCAGGGCCCAGCAGGAGGCUCUGCAGGAGCUGCAGCUCGAGGCCCCGGAGCUCCACGCAGAGGCCGUCAAGCGGGACCCCAGCCUGUUCCCCUUCGAGAAGCAAGGGCCAGAUUACACACCGCCAGUCCCCGAUUACCAGCCCCCCGAGGGCAAGUACAACGACAUCACCAAGGUGUACACACAGGUGGCGUUCAAGAAGUAGGACUGUGGCCCGCGGCCUCCAAACACGCUUCCCUGCAGUCAGGGUGACCCGAGUCCAGGGCUGCUUUGCAGAGUAAGGCACGCUGUUAAUAAAGAUAGGUUUAUUCAGAA